AAGCAGGAACCAUGGGCUUUUUGGAAAACUACCAGGAGAUCGACCCUGUCACUUUGAACCUUUGCAUCCUCAUUGCCAGCUACGUUAUCUUGCUCCUGGUCUUCCUGAUAUCGUGUAUCAUGUAUGACUGCCGGGGCAAAGAUCCCACCAAGGAGUACGCCCCGGACCCGGUGCCGGCUCAGUCUCCCGUCAGGCUGGUGGUGUUGCAGAGCUCUCCAGCCCCGGUGGGACGGUGGGACGCGGCCAACAUGAUCACAACCUACCACGAGCCAACGCACUCGGACUUCAGGGAGAAGAAGAGCACGAUGGUCUGAACGAGACUCAGCAGACUCACCUUUGUAUAUAC